AUUACUAGCCCAUGCUCAGUGCUCACCACUUCCUUUUGAACUUUUUUGAGAAUAACACCAAAUAGUACUCACACUCUCACAAAAACAAAAAAAAACUUAAAAAGAGAGAAACAAUUAAGUAUCUCUCUCUCUUUCUCUCUUUAAGCUUAUCAGCUACCACUAUCCAUAUCCAAGAACAUCAAUGGGCGAGGAAGAGAAGAAACCAGAAGAAGUGAAAAAACCAGAGGAAGAGAAGAAGGAAGAGGCUCCAAAAGGUGAUAAUGAAAAGAAGGAAGAAAAGAAAACAGAGGAAACCAAAGAAGAAACACCAGCACCUCCACCGCCACCUCAAGAAAUAGUGUUGAGAGUGUACAUGCAUUGUGAAGGUUGUGCUCGUAAAGUCCGUAAAUCCCUUAAAGGCUUCGAAGGAGUUGAGGAUGUUAUCACGGAUUGCAAGACACAUAAGGUGGUUGUGAAAGGGGAAAAAGCAGAUCCGUUGAAGGUUUUAGAGAGAGUGCAAAAGAAGAGCCACCGUCAAGUUGAGCUUCUCUCUCCGAUCCCAAAACCGCCGGCCGAAGAGCCAAAGAAACCGGAGGAAAAAGAAGUCGUUAAACCCGAAGAGAAAAAAGAGGAGCCGCCCCAAGUGAUUAUUGUAGUUCUGAAAGUUCACAUGCAUUGUGAAGCUUGUGCUCAAGAAAUCAAAAGGCGUAUACAAAGAAUGAAAGGUGUGGAGAAUGCAGAACCAGACUUGAAGAGCUCACAAGUGACAGUAAAAGGGGUAUUUGAGGCAACACAACUUGUGGAUUAUGUAAGCAAAAGAACAGGGAAAAGGGCAGUUAUAGUUAAAGUAGAACCAGAAAAGAAAGAAGAGGAAAAACCCAAAGAAGGAAAUGAAGAGAAGAAGGCAGAAGAAGGCGAAAAAGAAGCAAAAAAAGGUGAAGAGGGAGACACUAAAGAGAAAAAAGAGGGUGGUGGAGAUGGCGGCGCCGCCACCGCCGGCGGCAGUGAAGAGGCUGAUUCAGGUAAAGAGGUGGCUGUUCAAGAAGACCCAAAAUUAGAAAUGAAGAAGAAUGAGUUUUACUAUAAUUACCCACAGAAUUACCAGGUUUACCCUCAAAGAUAUGCCCAUGAAAUGUAUAAUCCAUAUCCUCCACAAAUGUUCAGUGAUGAGAAUCCCAAUGCAUGUUCUGUGAUGUAAAUUAGGAGAAACAUGAAGGGUAUAUGUGGAAAAACAAGGAAUUAUGGUCACAUGGGAAAUGACCAUGGCUAUUUCUGCAACUUCUUGUGGUUGUGCUCUACAUGUGGCUCUGUCUGGGGCCUUUAGUAAUAUGUCUGCAGGCAAAAAACUAUAGAAUUUUGUGAGCACUUUGUACUUUUUUCUGGUUUUCUUCUCUAUUAUAAGCCUGUUGUUAUAUACUAUAAUCAAUGUUGUAUGUA